AGUUUUGGAUAUGUGUGCAUGAUGGGGUUGAAAAAAACCUAAUAAUUUCGGAUACAGUGUUCGGAUCGCCCCUUCUUUUACAUAGAAGGGGAUGAGGGACUUCAGAGUAUUUUAGGGACGGUUUGUCAUGGGUUGUGUGAGUAGCAAGUUGGUCCCUGAGGUGCCAGAAGGUGGGCAUGUUGUGAAGACAGUUUAUCCUCAUGGGCAUGAUCCAAAACCUAAGCCUCGUAGUCAACAAGGCAGUGGUAAAAAGCUGCGGACGAUGCAACCAAAGGGAGAUGGCCAGGAUCCUAACCGGCCAACCAAAAAGGCGGCUAAGUACCGGGCUAUUUUUGACCCCAGGGUCACCGCAAAGUAUGACAUCAAAGCGCUUAUCGGCAGGGGUAGUUUCAGUCGGGUUGUUCGAGUGGAACAUCGAAUCACCCGACAGCCAUACGCUAUCAAGAUGAUAGAUCGGCAACAAGGACGUGAAGUGUUCGAAUCGGAGCUUGAGGUACUCCGACGAGUAAGACAUCCACACAUAAUUCAAUUAAUUGAAGUGUUCGAAAGUCGGGACAAAGUGUACAUGGUCAUGGAGUUAGCUACGGGUGGUGAACUAUUCGAUAGGAUUAUCGCUAAAGGAAGCUUUACGGAAAAAGACGCUGUACGGGUACUCAGGAUGGUACUGGAUGGUGUUCGUUACCUCCACGCUUUAGGAAUAACACACAGGGACCUCAAACCGGAGAAUUUAUUAUACUAUCAUCCGGGUCUCGAUUCGAAGAUCUUAAUUACGGAUUUUGGGUUGAGUGCGACUCGGAAAGCCGGAGAGAAUUACAUGAAGACUACUUGUGGUACACCCGAGUACAUUGCCCCAGAGAUUCUAGCUAGGAAACCGUACACACAAUCAGUAGAUUGUUGGGCGAUGGGUGUUGUUAGUUAUAUUUUGCUUAGUGGUGCCAUGCCAUUUGACGAUGAGAAUCGUCCAAGACUGUACCGUCUUAUUCUGAAGGCCAAGUACUCUUAUAACGGAGAGCAUUGGAAGGACGUGUCUCCGAUUGCCAAAGACUUCAUUGAUAGCAUGUUAGUACUUGACCCGAAUGAGCGAAUGACUGCCUCGCAGGCAAUACGACAUGACUGGAUCGUAUCAAACGCCGCGUCAUCGAGUAACAAGAACUUACAUCGCACAAUUAGUCAAAAUAUACUUCAGCGUCAGUCGACACGUGCUAACAGUACGCGGAGUGCCAAGUCAUCAAAAUCAAACAAAUCGAAUAAGUCAAAUAAGUCGAACAAGUCAUUACGAUCUGAGCACCACCACGUUACGCCUCAGGAAAUCGAUGAACUUCACAAGGAUCCAGAAGUGCAGGCAGACAUUGAAUCAUUACAUAAUUAUAGUCUUCCGUCAGAUCAUUCAUUCUGAACGUCCGCUGACGAUGCUAGUUCAUUUGCAUAUUCAGGGUUGUCAUAGCGAUGGCAUUGUCGCUAAGUUACAGUGACAGUUGCUAAGUGGUGUCAUGACAACAUCAUCAGUGCUAUAAUUAGUUGCUAAGGGUUGUCAUGGCAAUACUGCUGUUGCUAAGGUUUCCAUAGUUGCUAAUGAAGCCUGGUAACACCAUGCCUGGUGGCAUGAUAACACAACAGUGGUUUGAACAACUCGUACAAGUUUCUGUGGUAAAUUUUUGUCCGUAACUGAGAAAUCAUGGUUCUUGUGAUAUAUUUCAAGGCAGUGCAUUGUGGGUUUCACGGACGGAAGCAUCAACAUGUCAUUUCGAAAGUGGAGGACUUGCAUGGGCAUUAUGUUCGGUUUCGUGUACAGCAUUAUUCUGUAUAGUUUGUAAUGCUCACUGGAAAAUAUUUGUAAGAAAUCUGUGCUAGAGUCAUAUCUUUAAAACGAGGCGCUAUAAAUGAUAUACAGUAGAACCUCUCUAUUGAGGACACCCUGGGGAGUGACAAGUGCUAUCCUUAAUAGAGAGGUGUCCUGAUUAGAGAGGUCAAAUUGAAUGGUAACAACCAAUUCGGGACCAAAACUAGUGUCCUUAAUAGAGAGGGUGUCCUUAAUAGAGAGGUGUCCGCUAAGGGAGGUUCUACUGUACAUGUACACAUGGGUUUACAUUAAGUUCAUGUGAUCACUUGUAGUAUGUCAUUUCAUUUCCAAAGAGCGAGUUGCAUAGGAUUCAUAUUACGUGAAUAUGACUAUGUAUGUGUGUUUCCUAGCAUGACAGGAAACGUCACGAAGGAGACAUGUCGGAUGGGACAUGAAUCCUUUUUCAACCCGGCCUAUGGAUAACUUACACCAUGACAGGAAGAUAGAUUCACGAAACAGGACGCUCUUUAUCAGGGAGCUUGGGGUCUUUGUUGUUAUUUACAUGGAUAAUCUGACCAGAAGAUUUAUUUAUUUGAUAGGCCUAAAAUGUACUUUAGUUAGGCCUCUAUAAAAUAUUUCCUGCCGACACAAUGCAGCCAAGGUCAACGCGAUAACCAUUAGAGAUUAAUCUUAUCGACUAUCGACCGUUUUAUAAUACUGUGCACAGGUGCACCUGUACGAUUUUAUACCUUUUGAGACAACUUUUUAUUGUCGAUGGCAUUUCACGGUAAAGCACAUCUUAAAAUAAUAGCCUGCUGUUUUCGUGACAGUAAUGUCUUCGUUAAAUUUAGAUAAAGAAUUUCAAGAGGUUAACGAUGCACUUGGGUUGAUAUACCUGACCGGCUCAAGUACUCCGGAGGAAACCAAAGCACUUGUUCCAUAGACUAACCAACUACAGUGUGAUCACCAUUUAUCUGAGCCUUAUUAGGUAUAUUUCUACAGGGUGAUGUCCAUAAAAUUUCCAAUUUUAGAGCCAUACUUAUAUUUUUGGAUCACCAGUAAAAAUAAUCUGAUGGAAAUUAUUGUACUUAUGAAAGUAACGAUAUUGCGGGAGAUUUUUUUAGUUUGUGUGGUUGUUAAAAAGGUUCAACAAAACUGACACUUUUUACAGAGGACUUGUGUCGUCCUGAAGGUUUUCGCUCUUUCGACAUGUUCGUUUGUAAUUGUUGAGUAAGCCCGCAAGUUUUGAUCCAAUGAACAAGUGGUUUCUGGAUCAUGCGGGGUACAUUUAAUGGGUUGUCAUAGAUUGAAGUCAUCAUACUAAGCUUCAUUCAGGGCUACAAUACAAGUUUUAGUUUUUAAAAAAAUCAGUUUUGUCACAGUCUCAUGAUCUACUAUAUACAUGUAUGUACAUAGUGUACAUAGUCGCGAAGGCUAUAAAUAUAUGUAUUAAAAGUAAUUAAAGUUUAGUUGGUUGAUUUUGUAUUUAAUUUUUAUCGAUUGUUCAAUACAUUGUCGAUAUAUUUGAGUUUUGUACAUGUAUAGUGUAUGAGAUUAUAUUUUCCUGUUGAAUGUCGGAUUAUCGUUUGCAGAUGUGCAAGUUCAUUCACCAUAGAUUGAGGGACUACUUUCUCUCAAUUAUCGAGAACUAAUAUUCUUAAUAUUUGGCAUCCUUGCCACGUAUGUGCAGAUUCCCCGUUUUCUUGAGUAACGCAUUUUCAAACCCUUCGGCUGGCAAAGUCAAGUCUCAAAUUCGAAGUGCAUUUUUUGGCUGAAACUUCAAGGAAUCCAUGGGACAGGUGAAAUACCUGCAUUGACAGGGGAACACUCGGUUUCAAUAUUUUGGUGCAUUUCUCAAUCUAUGGUGGCCCUGCAAAUUGUAUUUUAUGAUUCAUAAUGAUUAUGGCAACAUUGAUGGUCAGUUUGAUUUUAAAUACUUCAUAACUUGUCAGUUUUGAAAUGGUGGAUACCCAGAACCUCCCAUGAGAAUAUUUGAAGUGGAUUUUGCUGCUCUUCAAAUGUUCUCUGAAUGUCCUAAGUAGAUACCUUUAUCCUAAACAAUUCUCUUUUGUAAACUGAAAUUUCUGUCAAAGUCACUGCUGAGGCCUCUUGCAUCCUCUGUUGAGUAAAAGCACAAUGUAGAUUUUCUCUUGAACAAAACAUUUUGUGGCAUUUUGUAGAUUCUCGCUGUCUACACUAAAUGUGUAGAGCAACAACCAAGUACUGUGUGUUAACCAACUGGGACUGUUAGCUGUGGUGCCUGAUAAAAGGUCUGCUGCCCCACUAGUUCUGAAGUUAGCCAGUGUAAUGGUCAUCUCUGAACUAAUAGGCCAUUUCGGCAGGGGGAUUUAUAGAAAGCCACAAAAGGGUUUUGAUGGCCCUCCGAAUAUAAACCUCCCACAAGUACCGCUGUUACAGUUGUAGAACGACAAUCUAGUCCUGUCUUGUAGUAUCUGAGCACAAAUUUGACGAAUUUAAAGGCCUACGCCGUUUGUGAAAAAUUUGAAAUUGCUAAUUGAAUUUGAAAAUGUCCAAUUGCAUGAAUACAUACUGAAUGUAAAUUUCAGCAUUGCUGUUGUGUAGAUAGGCAUACCAAUACUUCAGCAACACGUAUGGAUAACAACUGCACUAUGGCAUUGUGUUUAACUGCGUUUCUAUUUUCCCAGGCCACCAGUCAUUACGAAUAGCAUACCCCUUUAAAGUCAAGAGAAGUUGACCUGAUUUCCUUAUUUAACGAAUAGUGAUUUUGUUUAUGAUAAUCAGUUCAAAUAUCUGUCUCCAGUUCUUCGUUUAUGACAUCUGUAUCAUGAAUAUACUGAUUCUGGGCUGAGAUGCAGCUAUUCACAUUUAGUUCAUAGGCUCUGAAUCAGUAUAAUCAGGAGAUACUGAUGUUGAGGCUUGUAAUAUGCUUAUCAUGCACUCCCCAAGUCCUCAGGUGUAUUGGGUGAUCGUUCAUUGUGAGAGGUAGCGCAGAGGUCUGUACUCGUACUGUACUGUACUGUACUUGUUUCUACAACAAAAAGGAAAUUUACAUGUGUUUAAAAACAUGCAUGUCAAUUUUGAAAAAUCAACCGUUUUAUAACCAUUUCACUUAAUGUGCUGCUCUAUAUUGUUUGUUUUGCACUCAGAUUUUGAUAAAAAUAUUUGUCUGAAGAAUUAGUAGAUGUAAGGAAAACCGUCCGGCUUUGAAAAUACUGCUGGUUAAUGCCUGCGCCUUCUGGGCUGAAAAUAGUUCGAGAAACAACAUUAAAUUGCUGAAAAAAAUGAUAAAAUUGUGCAGAGAGAUAAAGUAAAUGCUUCUCUGGAAUGUUUCUUAUACUUGUGGGCAUAUAGUUCCUUAAAAAAAGAAAAGCUCAGCCCAGAGGGUGUUAAAUGUAUUUCUUCCUGACAUUGUUGAUGGUGUUUUGACAUUAUGCAAGAUCACAAGAAGGUCUUAAAAUAUUUCCUGUUGCUGAUUAUUUGUACACUAAAGUUACCUUCUCUCUCUAUAUAUUUUGAGUUCACAAAAUAAAAUGUAUA